UUUUUACUUGCUCAAAGGUACCGCAGUUUUUGAUUGGUGUACUCACGUCACGUGACCGUAUUCUGCGCAUGCAUUCGUAAAAGAGUUUCAGCCAUAUUGAUAUUGGUGUUUUCUUCAACUUUGUGCUUUUUCAAGAAUUUCAGAUCUUGACCGCUUGAGAAUGACUGACUCAUUGAAGUUCGGGCCUGAGUGGCUAAGAAACUUGUCACAGGACACCAGCGGUAGUGGCGGGGGCAGCAGCGGCAGUGGCGGGGGCAGCAGUAGUGGGGGCGGUGCGACGUCAUACUCGACAGCCGGGGGUGGUGGAGGCGGCGGUGGCUCUGUAAGCAUGUGCGCCCCCCGCUAUCAGUUGGCCGACUUCCGGUACGGCCGCGAGGAGAUGUUGGCGCUGUUUGACGCGUCGCUGCCUCCACCCGACACCCUGGCAGUGCCCCGCCUCCACGCGCUCUAUGUCGACAAGAAGCAGCCGCCCCUGGCGCUCAUACAGUUCACUGACGAGGAGACGAGAAUGUGGAACCGCAGCAUCAACAGUGACCUGGUGUUGCGGUUGGCGAACAAGGGGGCUGGAGGCGGUGGCGAAGGUGGCAGGGGCGGCGGCAUGAGGGGUGGUGGGGGCGGCCGGGGAGGCGGGUCCAUGGACAGGGGCGGCGGUAGAGGUGGGCAUGAGAGGCGGCACCUUCCACUAUAUGGAGGCGGAACGUCUAGCUGGUCGGAACGUAACGGCGGGGAGGGCGGCGACAUGUCUAGUCCAAGGAAGGAGUUUGGGGGUGGUGGCGGCGGCACACGUGAGAUCAACUGGAGGCGGGGAGGUGACGACGAGACAUCAUGGCGGACCAGCCGGAAUGACAAGUGGGUACGGAGCUCGAGCAGUGGAGGAGGUGUGGGGGGCAGUAGCAGCAGCGGUAAUAGUUGGAGAAGUAAUCACAACAACAGCAAUGAUGACAGUUGGGAGACGGGUGGUGGUGGCGGGGGUGGGGGAUCCAAUCACAGGACAUCAGACCACAACUCACGGCGCACCUGGGACGACAGUCGGCGACCCACCUCCUGGGACGACCUGCCCGAAUGGGCAACAGCCGAUACGGGUGAAGGGGGAGGUACUUUCGACGCAUCGGGGGCAUUCCAUGGCAACUCCGAUGAUGAGGAGGAUCGCCACCAUAUGAACGGUCGAUUGCCUUCGAAAGCACCCCACGACCUUCGCCACCCCCACCCCCACCACCAAGCACAGCAGGACAGAGAGGAGAGGAGAGGCGAGAGAGAGAGCGUGAUAUCGCGAGUGGAGUCGGCGCCACAACUCAGGCCACCCGAGCAACAGCCAAUGAGCAACGGCCCCGUCACCAAUGGACCCACCGACAAGUCAGGGAUGUCAGUUAACAAACCAGACCACCACUCCCAGCAACUGACUGAACCGAAACGAAAACAGAUCUCCAAAUCGGCCACCACCUCCGCACUAGCCCCCUCCUCCUCCUCCUCUGGCCCUCCUCACUCCUCCACCCCUUCAACAACGGCGCCCCCCUCUUCGUCUUCUACCUCCUGUUCUGUGUCUUCGACGUCCGCUGCUCACACCUCCACGUCCGAGAAAAAGACUAAGCCAACUGCACAGCAGCAGCAACAGAAAGUGAUGAAGUCACAGUCCCAGCCUCACAUGACGUCACAACCUCACAUGACGUCACAGUCACUCGACCAUCAACACACGGCCAGACAUGAAGACUCAGCAGAACCGGAAGCGAUGAAGCGCUUGCAGGAGGCCAUUGUUAAACUGGUGGAGGGUGGGGAGGAAAUGCCACCGGUUGCUAAGCAACCACAACAGCAGCAACAAAAAGUGGAACAGUGGUACUAUCGCGAUCCGCAGGGCAAGGAGCAAGGUCCGUUCCCCUCGCCGGACAUGUACGAAUGGUACUCGACGGGCUACUUCACACAUGAGCUGCUGUUGCGGCGCGCAUGUGACGAACACUACACGCCGCUCGGCGAACUCAUCGAGCAGUGGGGCAAGUUCCCCUUCUCCUCCAACAACGAGCAGCCCCCUCCGCCCCAGCUCAGCUCCACCCCUGUUGUGCCACCCUCCGUGCCGGAAGUGCCAGUUGCAGCCAAGCCGCAACCAAUGCAGCUGCCUCUAUCAGCAGCUCCAGCAGCCAACCCGGUCUCCAUUGAGGAAGCUCUCAUGAUUCAACAGUAUCAGUAUCAGCAGAUUUUGUUGAGGCAACAGGUUUUAUCAAAACUUAGCCAACAAGAUUAUUAUAACGGCUUGAGUCCUGAACAGCAGAUGCUGAUGCACAUAAUGCACCAGCCGCAACUGUUGCCGCCGGCAGCUGCCGCAGCCGCAGCCCUCCAGCCGCAGCCACCUGUGACACCGCUAGCCACGGUUGCCGCCUUGGCAGCCGCCGCAAACGGGGGCGCCGCCAACGCAGCCGCAAUGCCUAGGCCGCAACCGGCCACGCAGGCGCAGUCGCCGCAGGACAUCAACGGGUUCAUACAGAAGCUGGCACAACAACAACAGCAGCAGCAACAACAACAACAACAGCAGGUUGGAGGGGACAUGAUGGCCAAAGCCAAGGACCAGAACGGCAUUGCGCCCAUCCUGUCACUGAUGCGUCAGCUGCAAGGGCAAAACAUACCAUUGAAGAUGGACAGCGUGUGGGGCGGCCCGAAUCCUUCUGACUGGUCACUAAAGUCUUCAUCGAUGAUGUGGCCUGACGGUCAGCCGCAGCCCAAAAACAUGAAGACUGAGCAGGAGAUUCUGGAGGACCAUAGAAAAGCUGAAGAAGAAAAAAAGAAAGAAGAGAAAAGAAAGCAGGAUGAUCUCAAAAGAAUCGAAGAACUGAAAGCGGCAGCGAAGCUGGCCGAAGAGGAGCGAAAGAGAAGAAAGCAGGGAAGAAGAAGAGGAGAAACUGCGAAGGCUGAAAGAGGAGGAAGAAGCGGCUGAAAGAGACGAAAAAAGGAGGAGGAGGAAGCACGUAAAAAAGAGGCUGCCGCGAAAAAAGCUGAACUAGAUAGGUUACGAAAAGAACAGGAGAAGAAGAAGAAGGAAGAAGACAAACGACGUAAAGAGGAAGAGAAAAAGAAACUGGAAGAGGAGAAGAAGAGGAAACUGGAAGAGGAGCGAAGGAAGGUCGAAGAGGAAAAGAAAAAGAAAGAAGAAGAAGCAAGACGAGCGGAACAGGCAAGAAAGCAGAACGAAGCGUUGAAACGUCUCCAGGAGCAGGCGAAGAAUGCGACACCGUGGGGCACACCCUCGGCCCCCUCCACCAACAUGUCCGAGAUACUCAAGAACGACAGGCGACAGCAACUGCAACAACAGCAGCAACAGCAGCAGCAACAACAGCUGUUACAGCAGCAACAACAACAGCAGCAGCAGCAACAACAGAAGAUGCAGUUGAAGUGGGCCGAGCACAAACCGACUGCCAAGGUCAAGACGCUGGACGAAAUUCAGGCUGAGGAACAGGAGUACCUGCUCGCCAAGCAAGUGGAGAAGGAGCGGAGCAGCGUGGGAGUGCCACAGACAAGCACAAUCUGGUCGAGUCAGAACCUGGCCUGGAACAACUCGUCCAGUUCGGUGUGGGGAAACUCCAACCCCUUGCAACAAGGUGCUGGACAAGGCUUCUGGGAGGACGUGCCCGCCGCUCAGCCGCCAACUCCUGCCGCGAAACCCAGUGCCGCCUCCAAGCUGCAGCAGCAGCAGCAGGCAGCUGCCUCGAAGGGGGGCGGUGCAGCGGGGGCGGCGGCCAAGGCGGCCAGUGCCGGGGGCGGUGGCAAGACAAAGACGAAGAAGGAGGAGAUGACAGUGAUGAAGAUAUUCGAGCAGCAGCAUCAGGCGGUGGCUGACGAGUUCCAUGUGUGGUGCGACCGGGCACUGGCGCCUAUGAAGAAUACUAUCGAUAUUCCGACAUUCGUGGGCUUCCUGAUGGAGGUGGAGGCCGAGACGGAGGUUCGCGAAUAUGUGCGCAUGUACCUGGGCGAGUCACGUGACAUGGACGACUUUGCCGCACAGUUCAUCGCCAAACGACACAAGAUGCAGUCGCAGCCGAAUGCGGCCAAGCAGCAGUCGCAACGCAAGCCGCAGCAGCAGCCGCAGGCCCCGCCCCCGUCCCAGCCUGCGUCAAACCAGUUCCAGGAAGUCAAGGGCAAAAAGGCGAAGCCGAAGAAGAACAAAAUGCUGAAGGUGGACAGUCGCAUACUGGGCUUCAACGUGACAGCCGCACACGACCGUAUCAACAUUGGCGACCGCGACUAUGGCGACACCAUCUAGGGUCGCGUGACUGCCACAGGAAAACCUUCGUAGGAAAAUGAGGAAAAUUGUUGAGUUUCCAAACUUGGUGAGAUUUCAAACGUUUCGCUGGACGAUAGAGGACAACCAUGAGCUUCAAAGAAUCGGACUCUCAAUAACUUUAUUGGAUAAGAUAAUUUUUGUAAUAGUUGAACGUCAUAUGCGAUGUAGCCUUACUUUUGUACCUUACUGUCAUGUUUUGUGAAAAUAUGCCUCUAUGUAGCCUUUCUCAAUCAGUUUGUUGAAUUAAAUGUAAUUAAUGUAUUAAAUAUAUUUCACCAUGAUGUGAAUUGAUAUUUUUUGUGUGGAGGAUUUGUGACUAGAUAGAAUAAAUUAUUCCAUAUUUCUGAUAAAACUCUCGAAGAAUUUUUGGAGGUAUGUUGUGAAGAAAAUCUGAAUUUAAAAAUUAUAAAAUUUGUUGAAAAUAUAACGAACAAAAAAUAAACGCUGACUUACACUUACACUCACACAUUCGCAUCAAGUGGAAAACGCUCCUUUAUUUAUUUAUUAUAAUAAUUUGAACAGGACACACGAAACAUAUAGAAGAAAAACACUUGGAAACUUACAUUAUUUAUCGGAAAUUUUGGUGGAUUUUCCAACCUUCCUCAAGCCAAGCAGUGCUGUUCACUUAUUUAUUGUUAAAUG